AUGGAGGAGAGUAUUUGUAGUUUCGUGCUAGAGAAAUUAUCGUGGGUAUUUGAACAAAAAGAAAAGCUCUUUGGUGGAGGGCAGGAUGAAUUCGAUUCGCUUAAUAGUGACCUUAAGCUGGCAUAUGCAUUUAUCAACGAAUCCAGGGGAAAACACAACGAGCAUGAAUUACUGACAGAGGCAAGGAGGCAAUUAAGGGACAUUGCCUAUGAGGCUGAGGAUGUUAUGGAUGCAUUGAAGGUCGAAGAUCUGAGAAGGAGGAACUUGGUGUGGAAGAUAAUCCGCUACCCAAUGAUGUGUCAUGAUGCAGCAAAGAAGAUAGAGGGCUUCAACCAUAAAAUCAAUAAAAUCCUGGACACUGUACAAAGGUACGAAGCGGAAGCUACUCCAGUUGCAGCGGUGGACGUUGCACUGGAAAGACAUAGGAGGGUCGUCAAGGAAAAAGACGUGGUGGGCUUUGCUAUUGACUCUACAAAAUUGGAGAAGCAGCUUAUGGAAGGGGAUUCAAAGCUUGGUGUAAUUUCAAUCAUCGGCAUGGGAGGGUCGGGUAAGACCACUCUUGCCUGGAAGAUCUACAAUACUCUUCUCGUCGAGGGGCACUUUGUUUGCCGUAUAUGGGUGCAUGCAUCUUACCAAUUCAGAACCAGAGACUUGCUGCUUGAAAUGUUAAAGUUUGAGAUACCAGAGUCUGAUGAAUCCAUUAAUGGGGCACUCGAAGACUCUAAGAGGAUAAAAAGGAGAAGGAUGAAGGAAAUCGGAGAUAUGAGUGAAGACGAAUUGAAAGAGAAGUUAUCCAAAUACUUGGAAGGAAAGAGGUACCUAGUAGUCAUGGACAACAUCUGGCCAACCGAAGGUUGGAAUGAGCUAAUUGCGGCUUUUCCUGAUAACUCAAACGGAAGCAGAAUAUUGAUCACCAGCCGUAUAAAAAGGGUGGCUUCAGGUAUAAGCCUUAGUACUUCCCACUUUCCCCCAAUUCUCGAUGAAGAUGAAAGCUGGGAACUCUUUAGGAAGAAGGUAUUCAUAAGAGAGAAAUUUCUUCCCCAGUUAGAAACUUUGGGAAGACAAAUCGCUAAAAGUUGCGAAGGCUUACCACUUUCAAUUGUGGAAUUAGGGGGUCUUGCAGCAGUCGAAGAGAAGCUGACACACCUAACACUGUCCAAAUAUGUUGGCAAUGUAAAUUCCUAUCUUUGUAGUAAGACAAGAUGCAAGGAUAUACUGUCCUUGAGCUACACCCACCUGUCGCAGGACUUGAAAUCAUGCUUUUUCUACUUUGGAGUAUACCCAGAAGAAUUUGAGAUCCCUGUAAGGCAAUUGGUCCAACUUUGGAUAGCCGAGGGAUUCAUACCGCAUACUGGCUCUAGAAACAUAGAGGAUGUUGCCGAAGACUACUUCGAUGAGCUUUGUGAUCAAAGCUUGAUCCAAGUGGCUAGCAGCAGGACAUAUCGAGGAGCAAAGACAUGUCGUAUUCAUGCUCUUCUACGACAAAUCUCCAUUUGCGAGGGCAAAGAAGAGAAGUUUCUUGAGGUAUUUAGACACGUUAAUCUUUUAUCCGAGAACAAAUCCCGUAGAGUUUCCGUCCAAUAUUGUAGCACUCCUCAUUAUAUUUCUUCAAAUCUCUUUCGUGCUACUCGUGCCCGCUCUUUGUUGUUUUUUCGCCAAAAGGAGUUCAGCUUCGACUCAUCCAACAAAAAGAAGCAGACCUACGGCGACCUUGAUCCAAACCAUUGGAAAUGGGUCCACGAGAAUUUCUGCUUGGUUCGGGUGCUUCAUUUUGGUCAACUAAAUAUUUACUCCAUUCCGUCAAAUAUAGAAGAGUUGAUCUGUUUGAGGUACUUGAGAAUAAAGUCUGAUGUUCUCAAAGUAAUUCCAACUUCCAUUUGCAAUCUUAAGCACCUAGAAACCCUUGACCUGAAAGGUACUUUUCUGAAUUGCUUGCCUAUAGGGAUAUGGAAUCUCAGAAAUCUUAGAAAUCUGUACAUGUCUGGGCCAGUGAGUUUACCUAACCAAUUGAACCCAGACGUCAAAGCUCUUUGGAAGCUCCAAGUCCUUUCGACUGUAUCCCUUAACCCACAAAAUGUGAGCCUCAUUGUUCAAUCUGAACUCUUAAGAAAAAUAGGAAUAUGGUUUGCUUCGGACGACAGCAAUUGCAGAGCCGUUGAGGUUUUGGCAGAGCUCCACGAUUUACCUCAUCUUCAAACAUUGAAAGUCGUAAAUUGCUCAGAAGGUCUCCGUCUUCCGACUUCAUUUCCAUCGACAAUCACCAAGAUCACCUUAAGACAAAUUCGUUCCCUCGUCUUGAAGUUCUUAAAUUGGAAAAAUUGA